AUAAAAAGUCUUCGGGGGCAAUUGUCUGAAAUAGUUUCGUUCAAAAUGCUCCUCUUAUUUGUUUUGACCACCGUUUUGUUGAGCGUGAAUGCGUGGACUCUGCCCCCAAACCCUUGCCCUGACGUCUUCCAGUACAAAUAUUUCGGGGGUCAGUAUAAUGGGGAAGUGACCGUUCCCUACGAUGGCAGUCGAAGUCUCAGCUUGGAAGUUGCAUUUUCAGUUGUUGGCAUUUAUCGCACCCUAUUGAGGCCCGUCAUUGACAAUUUAACGCCUUUGGACGAACUUGAAUCAGCUGGAUUUGUAAGGUACAGAAUCACAUUCCCGCGUCUAACUUACAUCCCAAUGGUUACAAAAGUUGAAUUUAAUGGGCGCAGCUUCUGUUCCGGACCCCCAUACCCAACCACCGAGGAGGGAGUCACAAGUUUCAAGGCCAGCACAAUGCGCCAAUUUGGUAAAUAAAAAAAAAUAUAUAAAAAAUAAUUACAUACUUAAUCAAUGAUUGAGCUAUAAAA